UGUUUUGAUUUUUAGCGCUCUCUGCCGAAGCAGAAGCAACCUACCUGUUAAUCAGCGUGCGGUUAUGACUGCAUUGUUAAGUUGUUUUUCGGGGGUAGCGCUCCCAUUAACCGCUGCCAAGGUUAAGUAGCUGCCUCUGUGUUGACGUCUCUUACCAAGGAGGCUCCGAAAAAUAGUGUAGGAUGGUUUUUCGGCGUGACGGAUCUGUGCGUCAACGUCAACAGGUCGUUGAACUAGAGGUGGGUCCGGUUGUCAAAUUGGAUGGCCUGGAUUGGAGAGAAAAUCUUUUCCCAAGCAGAAAUUUCAAUGUAAAUCUAGAAGGAUUAAAAACCACCAAAAUGAAACGUGGUGUCAACCAUAGCUCAUCAGUGGAAGAAAUACCAAUGGCUAGAUUGGACACGAUUGGCAUAUCCAGUGAUAGUCCUGAGUCUCAAUAUUUAUGUGGAGCAAAUAACAAUAACCUAUCUCGUAGAAACUCUUUAAUCUCCCAGCACUCAUGUCUCUCAGGAAUUGAGAGUGUUUCCCACCAUAGGGUACCAGAAAUGUAUUCUGAUUUUGAAGUGGGUUUGUAUGUACCAAAUAAAUCUCCAUCUCGUUCCAACCCUCAUAAAACGGAUAACAAUGGCAAUGAUGGUUCUUUAUCUAAACAAAUAGAUAGUGCUCGUCGUGAUGCAGUGAUGACCCUAUCUGAGAAGAGAGAAAAAAAGGCUGAGAUUGUUCGAAGGAACAGUGAAAGAUCGAAGGAACAAACUAUUGGAAUAUUUGCUAUGACAAAAUACAGUAUUAGCAUGUCCCUCCAGAAGUUCAAGGAAACUGUAAUAACUGUAGCAUACUCGAUGGACUUAUGGUAUGGCAGUCUUAAAUUAAUAGAGGGGAGUUUUGGGAGUGGCGUAGCAUCGUACUUCAGAUUUCUGAGAUGGCUUCUGUUAUUAAAUCUGUCUUCACUCAUAAUAAGUGUCAGCUUCUUGGUAGUCCCCCAGACUCUCAGACAGUUUUAUUAUAAUUUUGAUGAAGUCCCCGAUGUUACCAAAAAUGGUGGUACUUACUUGGAGAAAAGCUUUUUUGAUAUACCAGAUGCCAAUGGAACUGUUCCUCCACCUCUCACUGCUGCAUCUCUUCUGCAUAGAACUAAUCCGUAUGGGGUUCAUGCUGAGUUUAGCAUCACUGAUUUAUUUACAGGAGAGGGAUUUCUGACUGCCACAACAAUGUAUUAUGGCUCUUAUGGAAAUCAAACUUUUCAACUGUUUGAAGGCUAUCGGUAUGAUUUACCAAAUGCAUAUUUUUUCUCCAUGUUUGUAUGCUAUGUGGUUAUUUUAAUUACCGUGUCAGUCAGCAUGGCACGUUCAUACAGAAAAACAUACAUUGAAACAAGAGGAACUCAUAAGGGAAGCCUUGCUUUGAAAGUAUUUUCAGGCUGGGACUAUAGUGUAGCAACUGUUAAAGCAGCCUCUCUAAACCAACGGCGCAUUUAUAAUGAAAUAAAGGAAGCAUUAAAUGAAGAGGACUUUCAGAAGCGGGAUACAUCUUGUUUAUUGCGUUUUACAAAUAUAACAGUCCAAUUCACUCUUAACUUUAUGUUCUUCUUCCUAAUGGCAGGAAUUGCCUUGUCAAUGUGGUAUUUGUUGGGGAGACACUCAGCUUACCUUUCCGAUUCCACAUCAAACAGCCACACCAUGACCAUGGCCAUUGUAACUUCUUUAGUAAUGAAUAUACUGCCAAUUGGUUUCUCCUGGAUUGUCAGGUAUGAAGAUUAUCGCAAUCCUCGUACAGCUCUGUACGUUACAUUGCUUCGCACAUUUAUUUUAAAUAUUGUUGUUAUUGGCACAACAGCAACAUUCUGGCUAACUCACUCUGAUGAGUGUUGGGAGACUGCUCUGGGUCAGGAAGUUUAUCGUCUUUUCAUAACAGAUUUUAUAAUAUCUGUCCUUUUGAUGGGACUUGUUGAGACUUUCUGGUCAAUAAUACGAAGGAAAUUCUCUAAGAUUUCUUCUCAGCCGGAGUUUAACAUAGCAUGGAACACACUCAAUCUCAUUUACAAUCAAACACUUUUCCUAGUAGGAUUUUAUUUCAGUCCUCUUCUCUCUGUUGUGAUUGUAAUAAAGCUCUUCUUAACAUUUUACAUCAAAAAGGCAGGAGCCCUCUACAACUGCCAAGCUCCAAAAAAAUCUUGGAGAGCUGCUCAAACUCAAACCAUAUUCUUAAUUCUCACCUUCAUUGCACUCCUGGGAGUAUUUUUGGUGUUUGGCUACCUUAUUGUCUAUGUUUCACCUUCAAAAUGUGGACCAUUUAGUGGGUUCAAGUAUAUGUAUGAGGCCAUUCUUAGUGGGAUAUUUCAAUUGCAUAAUGAUAAUGUAUUUUUCAUAACUGUCUUAUUCUUGGCUAAACCUGGUGUUAUUGGAGGUGUUUUAAUUGCCAUGUGUAUAGCCACUUACAUACUCAGAGCAAAGGCUGAAGCAUAUACCAUUGAAGUGGAAAUUUUGAACAACAUGUUGAUACAGGAGAAAAAGGAUAAAGCGUUUUUGUUUAAGCACAUCAAGAAUACUGAAAAAGCAAGCCAAAAGAUGAAAGGAUCCCCCACUCUUUCGAGCAGCAGCUCUUUUCAUACUCCAUUGUCUGCAAGGAGACAGCUUAAGAUAACUACCAGGGAAAGCCAGUCAUCCUUUCUUUCGACCCCAAACAGAAGGACCCAUGGUUUGCAGAGAAAGUUUAACUCCACCAGCCAAAUUGCUUCUCGAAGUAGUUGGAGAUAUGGAAGAGGGAACAUAAGACCAGACUUACUGACUGAUCAGCCCAGCACUAGUUCAAGCUCAGGUACUAGUGGAACAAAAAGUGACACAUCAGAGAUGAAGCCCUAAUUCAUUUGAAAAUUCUAAAUUAAAACAAAAGUUAUAUUUACAAAGCUGUCAGUAUAUAUAAAGUGAUAUUAAAGUAAACAAUGGCAUUAA